AUGGUGACAAAAUGCGCCCGGUGCGGCCACCGCAUCAGCGUUUUCGCCAAGAAGCGCAAGUGCGCUAGCUGCCUGCGCCGGCUUUGCAAGGAUUGCCAUGCCAAAGAUGCCUACCGCGCACCGCCCUUAGCACGCUCCAACACGUCGCCACACCUCUCGGCGUCGGCGUUCCUUCGCCCACCCUCGCCAUUCCGCGAUUCGAACGAAGGGCGUCCAUCGUUCGAGCAGAGCGAGCUCACGCGGCAUGGAUCCCUACCCAACAUUCUUCAGUGCUCGUUCGGCUGCAGAGACGAUGGGCUGGAUCAGCUACCGGAAGUGCCGACGCCGCUCAUCAUGGACUUGUCACCAGAAGCUUCCGAGAUCACCGAAGCAGCUGCGUCGGCGCCAAGCGCAUCAGAGGACGACGAUAACACCACUGUCGCUGACGACGACGAGCUAAUGCUUGAUUCGCGACUUCAUCGUGUGCCGCUGACGCUUGCUACCGACACAACACGCGGCUUCGUUGAGGCCUCGUACACCGGUCCGCCCUGUCGGGCCUUGGUGCUUCCGUCGUCCUAG